UAUUCAUGUACAAUUUCCGUGCACGUUUGCAGUUCCCCGCGUCUCGUCUCAGUAGCCGCCUAGAAUUGAAGAUGGCCGCUACCGCCUCCUCGUCCAACGAAGACGCUCUACGCAGAGCCCUUGCGGAGAAGCAAAGGGAUAUUGACACCCAGGCCAGCGCUGUUAGGGAGCUCAAGGCGACGGCCGCCCCCAAAAGCCUCAUUGAUCCCAUCGUCGAAGCCCUCACCGCUCUCAAGCUCCAGAAAGCCUCCAUCGAGCGCCAGCUCCGCGCUGUCCUCGAUAACCCUAACAACGGCUCCGUCAGCAGCACCGACGCUACCAUGGCCCUCGGCAGAGAAGUUUUGUUCCAGGCAUUGACUAACACCCUCGAGCGCCGCCUCUUCUACAUCCCUUCUUUCAAAAUUCACGGCGGCGUUGCCGGUUUUUAUGAUUACGGUCCCCCUGGUUGUGCCGUUAAGUCCAAUGUGCUCGCCUUCUGGCGUCAGCACUUUGUUCUGGAGGAGAACAUGUUGGAGGUUGAUUGUCCAUGUGUGACACCAGAACGUGUGCUUAAAGCUUCUGGUCAUGUUGAUAAGUUCACUGACCUUAUGGUCAAAGAUGAAAAGACUGGUACCUGCUACCGUGCAGAUCAUUUGCUUAAGGACUUCUGCGAAGAGAAGCUUGAGAAGGACCUUAAUAUCACCACAGAAAAGGCUGCAGAAUUUAAACAUGUUAUUGCUAUGCUGGAUGGUUUCUCCGCUGAAGAACUGGGUGCAAAGAUCAAAGCGUAUGGCAUAACUGCACCAGAUACGAGAAACCCUCUUUCUGAUCCUUAUCCUUUUAAUUUGAUGUUUCAGACCGCGAUAGGUCCGUCUGGCUCAGACCGUGGGUACAUGCGUCCUGAAACUGCCCAGGGCAUUUUUGUUAACUUCAAGGACUUGUACUACUAUAAUGGGUACAAGCUUCCUUUUGCUGCAGCUCAAAUUGGUCAAGCUUUCAGAAAUGAGAUAUCUCCACGGCAAGGUCUUCUAAGAGUACGAGAGUUUACACUGGCUGAGAUUGAGCACUUCGUGGAUCCUGAGGCCAAGACUCAUCCAAGAUUUUCUGAAGUGGCGAACUUGGAGUUCUUAAUGUUCCCAAGGGAGGAUCAGGUGUCUGGACAAUUGGCAAGGAGGAUGCACCUUGGUGAAGCAGUUUCAAUGGGCAUUGUCAACAAUGAAACGCUGGGCUAUUUCAUUGGGAGGGUGUAUCUAUUCUUAACGUGUCUUGGUAUCGACAAAGAACGCUUGCGUUUCCGGCAGCAUCUAGCAAAUGAGAUGGCCCACUAUGCUGCGGACUGUUGGGAUGCUGAGAUUGAAUGCUCUUUUGGCUGGAUUGAAUGUGUUGGUAUUGCAGAUAGAUCUGCAUAUGAUUUGUGUGCUCACACGAAAAAAACUGGUGUUCCUCUUGUAGCACAUGAGAAAUUUGCAGAACCUAGAGAAGUAGAGAAACUUGUUAUAGUCCCUGUAAAAAGGGAGCUGGGCCUUGCAUUCAAGGGCAACCAGAAGAUGGUGGUUGAAGCAUUGGAGGCCAUGGGUGAAAAAGAAGCUAUGGAAAUGAAGGCUGCUUUGGAAUCCAAGGGAGAGGUAGACUUCCAUGUCUGCACUCUUGGGAAAGAUGUCACCAUAAAGAAAAAUAUGUUGACUAUCUCCAAGGAGAAAAAGAAGGAACAUCAAAGGGUUUUCACACCAUCGGUGAUUGAGCCGUCUUUUGGUAUUGGGCGGAUAAUAUAUUGUCUCUAUGAGCAUUCCUUCUACAGGAGACCUAGUAAAUCUGGCGAUGAACAGUUGAAUGUGUUCCGUUUCCCUCCACUCAUCGCACCUAUCAAAUGCACUGUAUUCCCCCUCGUGCAGAAUCCACAGUAUAAUGAAGUUGCCAAACAUAUUGCCAAAUUAUUGACUGCUGCUGGGAUCUCAUAUAAGAUUGACAUGACAGGUACAUCAAUUGGGAAAAGAUAUGCGAGAACAGAUGAACUUGGUGUGCCCUUUGCUGUUACAGUAGAUUCAACGUCUGAGGUGACAAUUCGCGAGAGGGACAGCAAGAAGCAGAUUCGUGUGAAUGUGGAGGAGGUGGCAUCUGUGGUGAAGGAGGUGACUAAUGGUGAGAGCACAUGGGCUGAUGUUUUGUGGAGAUACCCCAGUCAUCAUUCAUCUGCAUCUACUGAUGAAUGACUCUUUACAUUCUCUGGCCGCUUUCCCACUCAGGUUUGAAGAUUUUACAUUUAUAAGCUACACAUGCAACUACAAUUGACAAUUUAAGGGAAUAAUAUAGUGAGUUGAAGCACCGCAUUACAGAUUAUUGAUUUCGAAGUGGGAAGUGGGCAUUUGCUUCCCAAUGUUGUUGAUUAGCUCAUCUGCAUGGCUGUAUUAGCUUAUGGUUCCUAAAGCAUGGACAAAAUCAGAUUCAUCUUUCUUCCAUCAUAGUGGAACUGGUGCUAAUUUUUUCUUUUUUGGACGGUUCCUUUGGAGGACAAAGCUUGUUGAUCGGUUGAAAAAAAUUUAGUAGGUUUUUGGAACCAUUACAAAAAUAUUGACGAGGAAAAUUAAUUCAUGUGGGUAUAUGAACUAAACUGAAUUAAACACUGCAUCCAAACUCAAUAAUCAUAGUUUUGAUUGAAAAUAUCCAUCAACACGAGAGAUAACAAUAAGCUAGUUGUUUGUCACAUGCAUUCUCAAUUUUUAUCUGGGAUACAGAUGGAAGGGCCUGUUAUGGAAAAGCUUGCUAGAAAGGGAGGUGGUGAUGUGUGUUGGAGGCAGUGGCAGAGGCGGUGGCAGUUGCAGCACUGCGCUCAGCAUGGCAAAGCUGGCGGAGCUUGGUGGGUACAUACCAAAUGGAGAGGCGGGGGUGGGACUCAAAAAUGGAGUCAAUGUCCCAGCGGGCCUGGCGGGCAGCAAUAGAGACGAGGGGCUUGUAGCAGGCCUGUCUCCAGGCACCCACGUUCUCACCUCUCUCCUUGAAACUGCGGCGCAGCGCAUUGGAGGCAUCCUCAUCCAGGCAGUGGAGUGCAUAGCAGUGGACGUAGUGCCUCAUCUUGGGCUUGUUUAUGUAGCUGGCCCCUGCCUCCUUCGCGUACCUGAACACUUGGUUCGUUACCUGCUCCAUGCUUGCCAGGUUAAACCACAACAGCCCCCCUACUAUUUAAGUCAUCUUCAAAGUACAGUCAUGCCUUAAUAAUAAUAAUAAUAAUAAUAAUAAUAAUAAUAUGAGCCUAUGAGGUAAACCCAAAAAAAAAAAAGGGGCAUGUAUCAGUGCCUCGUUUGUAUUCAGUAACGUGUAUCUGUGCAAUGCUUUGUAUGAACCUAUGAGUACACAUUUUUUACUUGAAUAACGCAGAAAGAUAAAGAGGAGUGUGUGUGGAUGUUCUAUAUUU